AUGCCGGCAAAACGUCUGGAAAUGUACCAAGUCCACGAUCCAGUUCCGGAAAAUAUCCUAGUUACGGACACUUUGAUAAGUUACACUUCUGUACUUACGAUGGAGUCUUUCAGUGACGAUGCCAACUACGAUGACGGCGAGACGUUUGGGAAUGUACCCAGGCCAUGGUCGAACGUUAGACAUCACGAAUACUAUGGCGAAGGCCCCGGGACUAGGUACGUUCCACAAGGUCUCCGUGAUGCUCCGAACAAGUUGAGAAAAACAAGGUCGAACCAACGCUAUAAAGCUAAAAUAGCCUUGACAACAAAAUCAUGUUGCGGAUACCAAGUCAAGCCAUGUCAUUAUUGA